GCUUGCUUUCGUUUCCUCCGGAACAUAAACACUAGUCCUUCCAGAUGCGUCUGCGCUCUUCUACAUCACGCCACAUGCCUUCUCAGUGCUCUCACCCUCGGUGCCGCUCAACCUCAAAAUACGCAAAAUAGGAAGGAAUAAAUAAUAAAAAAAAAUGAAUUUCUUCAACAGGGCGAGAACCCCUCUCUCCUCCCUCCUCCUCCGCCGCCGCCGCACCAUCCCCGGAAACCCUAGACCCCCUCCCUCCUCCUCCUCCUCUUCUUCUUCUUCUUCUUCUUCCUCCCCCCUCUCCUCUCUCCUCCACCGCGUUCCCUCUUCCUCCUCCUCCUCCUCCGUCCUCCUCCGCCGAAACUACUUCGUCGCUCGCUCCCCCGAGGUCGUCCACUUCCGGCGCCGCUCCGCCCCGCGGUGGUACCACAACCCCCGCAACGUGGUCGUCGUCGUCGUCCUCGUCGGCGGCGCCGCCGUGUCCAUCUACUACGGCCACCUCGAGACCGUCCCCUACACGAAGCGCCGCCACUUCGUCCUCCUCUCCCCCGCCGUCGAGCGCCAGCUCGGCGAGUCCCAGUUCGCCCAGCUCAAGUCCGCCCUCCGCGACAAGAUCCUCCCCGCCCUCCACCCCGACAGCGUCCGCGUCCGCCUCAUCUCCGCCGACAUCAUCCGCGCCGUCGAGCUCGGCCUCCGCCGCCACCACCACCACCACCACCGCCCCUGGACCGACAUCGACUACGCCUCCCACGACCCCACCCUCCCCCCGCCCGGCGACGCCGCCCGCGACACCAUCCUCCUCCUGCACGGCCCCCGCCCCGGGGAGGGCGUCGCCGUCGCCGGCGACGCGUGGCGCCGCGAGGACGAGGUCCUCGACGACUCCUGGGUCCGCGAGACCCGCAAGAAGGGCGAGGCCCGCGGGUCGCAGCCCGACACCAGGCACCUGGAGAGACUCAAUUGGGAGGUUCUCGUCGUCAAAGACAACAUGGUCAAUGCGUUUUGCCUCCCCGGCGGCAAGAUCGUCGUGUUCACCGGCCUGCUCGACCAUUUCAGGGAGGAUGCCGAGAUCGCUACUGUGAUCGGUCACGAGGUGGGCCACGCCAUUGCGCGGCAUUCUGCGGAGAUGAUCACAAAGAAUUUGUGGUUCGCCAUCUUGCAGUUGAUUCUGCUGCAGUUUAUUUUUAUGCCUGAUCUCAUAAACGCAAUGUCGACUCUACUCCUUAGACUUCCUUUCUCUCGGAGGAUGGAAAUGGAAGCAGAUUACAUUGGACUUAUGCUACUUGCUGCUGCCGGGUAUGAUCCACGGAUCGCCCCAAAGGUGUAUGAGAAACUAGGAAAGAUUGUGGGCGAUUCGAACUUGAAUAACUACCUCUCUACUCAUCCUUCAAGUAAGAAAAGAGCAGAGUUGUUAUCUCAAGCCAAAGUUAUGGAGGAAGCUAUGCUGAUUUACAGAGAAACUCUUGGUGGUCGUGGUAUAGAGGGCUUCCUCUAGAAGCAAUGGUUUCUCAUUCUCGGUUUCCGCUUUUUUGGGACAAAUAAAAGAUCUGAAUAAAUGAAGUCCAUCGCGCUUUUCUCUCUCCA